CGUAUUUUUGUAAAGGAUGGCAGGACCGGCCUCAGUCGCUGGUGAUGUUUUUGUCGAUGCUCUGCCUUAUUUCGACCAGGGUUACGAUGCUCCAGGGGUCCGAGAAGCCGCAGCAGCUUUGGUGGAGGAAGAGACGAGACGAUACAGACCAACCAAGAACUAUCUGAGCUAUCUUCCUACGCCAGAUUUCUCUGCUUUUGAGACUGAUAUCAUGAGGAAUGAAUUUGAGAGACUGUCAGCUCGUCAACCCAUGGAGCUGCUCAGUAUGAAGAGAUAUGAGCUUCCUGCUCCAACGUCUGGGCAGAAGAAUGACAUCACAGCAUGGCAGGACUGUGUCAAUAACUCGAUGGCCCAGCUGGAGCACCAGGCAGUGCGCAUUGAAAACCUCGAGCUCAUGGCUCAGUAUGGAUCUAAUGCAUGGAAGGUGUCUAAUGAUAACUUGGCCUUAAUGAUUGAAAAUGCACAAAAGGAACUACAGAAGGCUAGAAAGCAGAUACAGGACCUGAACUGGCAGCGCAAAAAUGAUCAGCUGGCUGGAGGAGCCAAACUACGAGAACUUGAGUCAAACUGGGUGUCUCUUGUUAGUAAGAACUAUGAGAUUGAGCGAGCCAUCGUACAGCUGGAGAACGAAGUGGCACAGAUGAAACGGCAACAGGGUGAUGAGAACAAAGAGAAUAUUCGACAGGAUUUUUAAAUAAUGAAAACCGUUCAACACCAUCUUGAAACUGUCAGACUUUGAUAAAGCAAAGGAUCACCAAAGAGUGAUGUUGUGUUUCUUGUUUUGUUCCGUUUUCUUUGUAAAA